AUGGCUUUCCCACUCACUUCUGUGUAUACAGCUUCUAAACCAACUAUUUUCUUGCCAACUACACUCAUUUCUUUUCUUCUCCUUUACAGUGGAAUCUUUGCAUAUGCACAGAUCGAAACCAUGAGCAUCGGAGCAAUCAUCGACGAUAAUACUCGUACCGGAAAAGAAGUGAACGCAGCCAUAAAAGUAGCUGCUCAAAACUUCAACAGCUCCUCUAUGUACCACAGAGUAUCUCUUCAUUUUCACAACCCUGGUGGAAAUCGCCUCCAAGCAGCUUAUGCAGCUGAAGAACUUAUUAAAGAGAAUAAUGUGCAAGCCAUUAUAGGCAUGGAGACAUGGGAGGAAGCAGCAUUAGUCGCUGAAGUCGGAAACCGAGCUCAAGUACCCAUCGUCUCCUUUGCAUCAGUCAUCCUCCCACAACCACUAACGCCGCCUCGGUGGCCUUUCUUGGUGCAAAUGGCUACCAAUGUUACUGAACAAAUUAGAUGCAUCAUGGAGAUUGUUUGCUCAUUCAACUGGCGAAAAGUCAUAGCAAUCUAUGAGGCUGACUACCAUGGAACCGAUUCCGGAAUGUUUGCUACAUUAUCUGAUUCACUCCAUGAUCAUGGCGUAGAAAUUGAAUAUCGUCUGGUUCUUCCACCAUUUUUCUCUCUAUCUGAUCCAAAAGGCUUUGUUAGUGAAAAUGUAGCUGAGCUGUUGAGUAAACAAUCCAGGGUUUUUAUUGUUCUUCAAAUAUCUUCAUCAAUGGCUGCUCAUUUGUUUAGACAAGCAAAGCAGAUGAGGCUUAUUGGGAGAGAUUCAGCAUGGAUAAUUACAGACCCGUUUGCGAGCCUCUUGGAUUCUGUUAAUACUUCUGUUAUAUCCUCCAUGGAAGGUGCUCUAGGAAUCAAGACAUAUUUUGUUGAAGACAGUAGGUCUUUUCUGGACUUCAGGCGACAGUUUCGGCGAGUUUUCCGAUCAGAUUACCCUGAGGAAGAUAACUCCGAGAUGGGAAUUCAUGCCCUACGAGCAUAUGAUAGCCUUACUACCAUCGCAAAUGCCAUAAACCGAGCAGGUAGUAGCAGUAAUGGUUCAACUACACUACUGAAGAGUAUUUUAUCAAGCAACUUCACUAGUUUAAGUGGUGAUAUUCGUUUUCAUAGAGGAGAGCUAGCAGGGUCCUCUCUAUAUAGAAUUGUAAAUGUUGUUGGAAAAAGAUACAAAGAGCUCGGCUUUUGGUCAUCGACGAUAGGAUUUUCAAAGAGCCUUGUUAAUGAAGAAAGUGACCAAAAAACAAGGGGUGAUUCCAUGGACACUUUGGCCAGUUUGGUGAGUUGGCCCGGGGACCUAAAACGAACUCCACGAGGAUGGUCGAUGCCUAGUGAUGCAAAGCCUAUGAAGAUCGGAGUUCCGGGAAAAACUACUUUCCAAAAAUUUGUGAAGGUGGAUUGGAAUUCAAGUUUGAAUGAAUGGAGUUUUUCUGGUUUCUGCAUUGAUGUCUUCUAUGAGGCGCUCAAAAUUUUGGAGCAAAGUUAUCCCCUACCUCAUGAAUUUGUACCAUACAAUGGCACUUACAAUGACCUAGUUGAUCAUGUGGCUAACCAGACAUUCGACGUUGUGAUCGGUGACGUAACCAUAUUGGCCAAUCGAUCAAAGUAUGUGGAAUUUACUCAGCCAUACGCCGAAUCAAGUUUGUCAAUGAUAGUAACAGUAAAGUCUGAGCAUGGAAAAGCAUGGAUUUUCUUGAAGCCUUUCACCACAGAAAUGUGGGCAGUGACUGCUGCCAUUUUGCUCUACACUGUGUUCAUAGUCUGGCUCUUGGAGCGUCAAUCGAAUCCGGAGUUUGCAGGCCCAUGGCAAAAUCAACUGGGGACUUCACUUUGGUUCACAUUCACCUCACUGUUCUUUGCACAGAGGGAAAGGGUUCACAACAGUUACACUCGCGUAGUGGUGGUGGUAUGGCUCUUCGUUGUCUUAGUCUUAUCCUCAAGCUACACUGCGAGCUUCUCCUCAAUGCUCACUGUCCAACGCCAAGAAUCGAACAUAACAGACAUAGAGUGGCUAAAGAAGAACAAUGCACCAGUAGGCUGUGGCAUCAAUUCGUUUAUAAAACUGUAUCUGCAAAAUGUGCUUAAAUUUGACUCCAGAAACAUCAAGAGGGUCAGCAGCGAAUACGACUACCCAACCGAAUUCGAGAGUGGCAAUAUCACUGCAGCAUUUGUUGAACUUCCUUAUGCAAAGGCGUUCAUGAAUCAUUUUUGCAAGGGGUACACUGUUGCCACACCCACAGAUGGAGAUGUUCACAGAUUUGGAGGCUUUGGAUUUGUAUUUCAGAAAGGCUCUCCAAUUGUUAAAGAUGUCUCCCAAGCUAUUCUGACCUUAUCAGAGAAUGGUAGGUUGGAACAAUUGGAAACUCAAUGGUUUACUCCUUCUCCCAAGUGUCUAAACUCUCAAACUCCUGACAAGAUUGAUAGCUUGAGUUUUCAAAGUUUUUGGGGUCUCUACCUCUUCUCAGCCUUCAUUUCCACCAUAUGUUAUCUAUUAUUUGCAACUCACCAGUCAUACAAGGGAGAUAUUACUUUGAAUUAUAGCACUAUGUUGAAUAAGUUGUCCGGGUUAGUAAAGUAUUUUCAUAUCAUAGUGAGAAAACUUCAUGGUACAACUCCAAACACUGUUCAACCAUUAGGGGUUUAUGAAUGCAACUCUUCUUGUACUGAGUACACAAGUUCUUCAGAGACUCCAGAGCAAUCUCAAGCACCGACGUCAAUUGAAGUUAAAGUUACCAAUCCUGAUGAAGAAAGACGUGUUCCUUUGUGA